AUGGCCAAGGACAUCGAGGCCGCGGCGGCGCACGAGGGCGGGGAGUACACGGCGAAAGACUACUCGGACCCGCCGCCGGCGCCGCUGGUGGACGCGGAGGAGCUGACCAAGUGGUCGCUGUACCGCGCGGUGAUCGCCGAGUUCGUGGCCACGCUGCUGUUCCUCUACAUCACGGUGGCCACGGUGAUCGGGUACAAGCACCAGACGGACACGACGGCGAAUACGGCGCCCGACGCUGCGUGCGGCGGCGUCGGCGUCCUCGGCAUCGCCUGGGCCUUCGGCGGCAUGAUCUUCAUCCUCGUCUACUGCACCGCGGGGGUGUCGGGCGGACACAUCAACCCGGCCGUCACCUUCGGCCUCUUCCUGGCGCGCAAGGUCUCGCUGGUGCGCGCGCUGCUCUACAUCGUCGCGCAGUGCCUCGGCGCCAUCUGCGGCGUGGGCCUCGUCAAGGGAUUCCAGAGCGCCUUCUACGUGCGCUACGGCGGCGGCGCCAACGAGCUCAGCGACGGGUACUCCAAGGGCACCGGGCUCGCCGCCGAGAUCAUCGGCACCUUCGUGCUCGUCUACACGGUCUUCUCCGCCACCGACCCCAAGCGCAACGCCCGUGACUCCCACGUCCCCGUGCUUGCUCCUCUCCCAAUCGGGUUCGCGGUGUUCAUGGUCCACCUGGCCACCAUCCCGAUCACCGGUACCGGCAUCAACCCGGCCAGGAGCUUGGGCGCUGCUGUCAUCUACAACAACGACAAGGCCUGGGAUGACCACUGGAUCUUCUGGGUGGGUCCAUUCAUCGGCGCCGCCAUUGCCGCGGCGUAUCACCAGUACGUGCUGAGGGCCAGCGCCGCCAAGCUGGGGUCAUCUGCCUCCUUCAGCCGCUAG